GACACUCAUUUUAUUGCUUUGCCUUAACCUAACCUCUUCCCUGCUUUCCUCACAAACGGGUUCAACACUCGAUCAUGUUGCAUUUCUUGAAGCAAUAUGUGAGAUAACUACAAGUGCGAAGGGCAUCUUGCAGUCCAAGUUAUGCUAUCCAUUAUCAGUUUAUAUUAUGUUUCAAUGGUUAUUUGGUAUUGCAAGAAAUUUUGGCUUUGUUCGCAGUAUUCAACAAGGAUACAUUUACCAGCAGAAGUUUAGUCUGGUGAACGUAAAGUUGAAAUGGGUGAAAGAUAGGACAUUGGAUGCUGUAGUUGCUGGUCAGAGGGAUCUUAAAGCAGCUGGGAUCCUUGUUUCAAUAAUUUAUUCUUCUUCUGAAUGCUGCCUUCCAAUAUACCAUCUUUCUCGCCAUCGUGGACAGCUUGGUCUUCCCGGUGACCUCAAACUCUCCACCUUUAUCAGAAGAUAUCCCAAUAUAUUUAUCGAGUCAUAUUUUCGUGAUACUGGAGGCUCUCCUGUCCCAUGUUUCAGUUUGAGUCCUGAAGCCUUGGAGCUCCAUCGUGAGGAAAUCAACAUCCUUCGGCAAAGUCAGUUGGAACUCAGGGAUAGGCUGUGUAAAUUGCUUAUGCUCACAAGUGAUGGGGUCCUUCCACUACAAACCAUUGACCAGUUAAAAUGGGACUUGGGUUUACCUUAUGAUUACCAGCAUUCUUUUAUUCGGAAUCACCCUGAAAGGUUCUCAUAUGUUCACCUCCCUGAUGAUCGUGUUGGCUUGAAAUUGUUAUUUUGGGAUGACAAGCUUGCUAUCUCAGAGUUACAGAAGAAUGCUUUUCUACAACAAAAGGCAGAUGACAUAAAAAUUGGAUCAUUAGCAUUUCCCAUUAGUUUCACCCGGGGUUUUGGUCUGAAAAGAAAAUGCAUGGAGUGGUUGAAAGAGUGGCAGAAACUCCCCUAUACUUCACCAUACAUCAAUGCCUCUCAUUUGGAUCCUCGUACUGAUGUAUUUGAGAAAAGGAUAGUUGGAGUCUUCCAUGAGCUCCUUCACCUUACCCUUCACAAGCAAACUGAGCGCAAGAAUGUUAGCAAUUUGCGUACACCCUUGGCCCUACCUCAGAAGUUUACAAAAGCGUUUGAGCGUCAUCCUGGUAUUUUUUAUAUUUCCAAGAAAAGUGAUACCCAGACAGUUGUUCUUAGGGAGGCCUAUAAUGGCCUGGAACCUGUGCAGAAGCACCCCCUUGUACAAAUUAGAGAGGAAUUCGCAAGCCUACUCAAGAAAGGGCUAUUGGAUAGGAGUAGGGGUGUAUACAAAAAAUGCAAAGAUACUAAUUUGGUGGAGGGUCUGAGAAAGGAGGUUUGCAUUGCUGAAAAAACUAACCAGCUUAGUCCUAAGGAUGAAUCAGGUUCCAUGUUUCCUGAAUAUGAUUCCGAUGGCCCUCUACAAAACCCUUGCUGAUAUAUGUAAAAGUGGUAUUUAUCUUUGGCUUAGUGAGAAUCUUGAAAUCUGACCUAUAUGGGAUGUUGCAUAUUACUUCUGUUAUCCACUUCUGACACUUGUGAAGAUCUGUCAAUAACCAAAUAUAGCAGCAAUGCUAUGAUCUUAGCAAGGGAGAGCAUUGUCUGAUUAGAUGUAAUAUUCUGGAAUAAGGGUUACAGCUUAAUCUUGUUAGAAGAUUAAUGGCAUGGCAAAGAUAGAUACAGGUACAGCUACAGAUGAAAAUCUAAUUUAAAAAGUGAGUAGAUACUAUAGUUCAAGAGCUUUCUUUGGCAAGUUGAGAUGUUUGUUUCAGGGGUUUAUGGGAGGUGGUUUUGAUAAAAACGACUAUAUUUUUUCUGUUAUAUUAGUAUAUAUAUACAGCAGGGCUCUAUGUUUCAAAGACCUCUGGCUGCAGUGAAACAGUUUUUCGCCAUGAGUAA